AAUAUGCAAGCCUGAAAGUCCCUUUGAAAGAAGCCCUUUUCAAAGAAAGCAAUGUGGCAUUGAGCACAUGUCUUUUAAGGUUCCCCAGAGCCCUGACUGGAUUUGUCUGUCUCCUACACAACCAAUAGAUAAAAUAAGAUUUCUCAACUCCAUAGUUUGACUUAAAUAAACCUGAAAUCUCUUUAUCAUACUAAUCAGAUUAGACCUGGUAUCUCCCCUGCCCCUGGUCACUUAUAAUGACCUUGGGUUGCACCACCUCUAGGUUAAAAAAAGUCUAUUGUGUUUUACAUUAUUUUUAGCUGAGAUAGUUAAGCAUUCAAACAGGCACUCUGGUGCAUUCCAGAUGUUCAUAAUGGGCUCCCAUAAUCUCUGGUCAUUGGCAAUGCUCUCUGGGCCUCUGACAGCAUUUUUAGUCCAGAACAUUAGAUAUAGAUAAAAACAAUGACUCACAGAAAGCUGUACUACUUUAAGGAGGUGUGUGGGUUUCUUUGCAACAAACCCUUCAAGCACUGAAUAAUACUCAUUCCUUCAAUUCUUUUUGCCUCUCUUGGUUCUCAGAGAGAAGUGCUAGGAGGAGGGUUACCCCCAGAAGUGACUGUGUACCUUCAGGAGUGAAGAAACACACAAGCUGGCUCUGUUUCUUCCAGUGCUGGUGAAAUCCCCUGUUUGACAUACCUGCAGCCCCAUUUCCCUCCAAUCAGAAAUAACUUCUGCUGUUCCUAAAGCUCCAAGUCCCACCUCAGCUGUGCCCUAUGUAGCAGUAAAGUGCAUAGAUGUGCGGAAGAACCAUCACAGAACCAACUGGUUCAUGCCCUGGGGACCUAACCAGUGUGAAAAAAUACGAGACUUGGAUGAAGCUAUGAGCAGGCAAAUAGAAGCCAAUGACAUUGUGUUUUCGAUUCACAUGCCUCUCCCGAACAAGGAGAUGAGCCCUUGGUUCCAGUUCAUGCUCUACGUUUUGCAUAUGGACAUUGCCUUCAAAACGGACAACCAAAUUAAAGAGAAUGCAGAAGUUACCCUUGAUGUGUCCUUAGCGUACCGUGAUGAUAGGUUCAGUGAAUGGAAGGAAAUGGCACGUGCGGUAGAGACCCGAAAGCUCAAAUGUUCCUUUGGAGCUCCAAAAACUAUAGAGCAUGAAGGAAAGUUCUAUGACUGCGAAGUACUUCCAUUUAUGGAGAUUGGAACUGUUGCUCACAAAUUCUAUCUUAUCAAUGUCCGUCUCCCUGUGAAUGAACGGCAAGGCAUUAAUGUGGGAAUUGGAGAAAUAAAAGAUAUUCGUUUGGUAGGUAUUCAUCAGAAUGGAGGUUUCACAAAGGUGUGGUUUGCAAUGAAAACAUUUCUUACACCUAGUAUCUUCAUCAUCAUGAUUUGGUACUGGAGAAGGAUCACAAUGCUGACACGGCCUCCUGUCCUCUUGGAAAAAGUUAUUUUUGCUCUUGGGAUCUCCAUGACCUUCAUAAACAUCCCAGUAGAGUGGUUUUCUAUUGGAUUUGACUGGACAUGGAUGUUGCUUUUUGGAGAUAUUCGCCAAGGAAUCUUCUAUGCUAUGCUGCUGUCUUUUUGGAUCAUCUUUUGUGGAGAGCAUAUGAUGGAUCAGAAUGAACGAAAUCACUUUUCAGCCUAUUGGAAACAAGUUGGACCAAUAGCUGUAGGCGCCUUCUGUCUCUUUAUCUUUGACAUGUGUGAGAGAGGGGUACAAUUAAAAAAUCCAUUCUACAGUAUCUGGACCACAGAUGUUGGCACAGAGCUGGCUAUGGCAUUUAUUAUUGUUGCUGGAAUCUGUCUCUGCCUCUACUUCUUGUUCCUGUGUUUUAUGGUGUUCCAAGUAUUCAGAAAUAUCAGCGGCAAACAAUCUAGUCUCCCAGCAAUGAGCAAAGCUCGCAGGCUUCAUUAUGAGGGGCUGAUUUUUAGAUUCAAAUUCUUGAUGCUGAUCACAUUAGCUUGUGCUGCCUUGACAGUAAUAUUUUUCAUUGUCAGUCAAGUAACAGAAGGCCAUUGGAAAUGGGGCAACUUCACAGUUCAAGUGAACAGUGCCUUUUUCACAGGGAUUUAUGGGAUGUGGAAUCUUUAUGUCUUUGCCCUCAUGUUCCUGUAUGCUCCUUCACACAAAAACUACGGAGAAGAUCAAUCAACUGGGGAUCUGGGAGUAAACAGUGGAGAAGAACUUCAACUUACUACCACUAUCACCCAUGUGGAUGGACCAACAGAAGUUUACAAAUUAGCUCGCAAGGAAGCCCAGGAAUAACACUAAAGCAUAGCUUAUUAGGCACAAACUGAGGGCAACACAUGGAAUGAUGCCAGUAUUUUCCCUGCAGGGGACAACUGAUGUCAUCCUAAAAGGGCCCAGUUCUGAUGGUGCAUUUCCGCAGAAUGAUAAUGACCUAGCAAGAGCCAUUGAACAUGCUCCUUGCUUUGGGGAAGGGGCUUAUAGCAGCUUUGACCUCUUCAUGACACUUCUAGUUUGCCUUGGGUAUUGACCCCAGAAGAGAAAGAAACUGACUUGACUUAGUGAAAUAAUAGAUACCCAUUUACAUUACCAAAACUCCUCUUGCUUUGGAUAUUUUUGGGAAACAACUUGGAAUAAUUUACAUGCUUCCUAAGUCAAGGUGGUAUACCAUAGUUCCAAUGCCUACAUUUAGCAUUAUUUGUGUUCUUUAUAUCACACUUAGCCAGUGCAGGUGAUAUUUACAUAGCUUUAAUAAACAUACUCAUGAGUUCUUUUUUAGUUUAGUGUAACAAAGUCUUUUGUAUAGUUUUGGUACAAAAAAGGGCAUUUCAUCUUUACAAGCUGACAUGUAUUGAUGUGUGUGUAUGCUCUGAACACCAACGAGUCUUUCUGAUGUAGAUAUCUUUUUAUAUGCCCCAGGGAUCCCUGUUUACUUGUAUGAUACAUAAUCCAUGGGACUGAAAGGGGUGUUUGGAUGUGUGUUUGGGUCAAAAUCUGUUGUUCUUUUCUUUUAAAAAAUAAUGUUCCAAGUAGCCUGGGAAAUACUGUAGAUCAUCCUCUUUUGGUACUAUGAAUAAAAUAUACAAAUAUUGUGA